ACGAAUCCCCGCAGUCCACGCCGGAAUAGAGAGGAGAGGAGGAGAGAUCGGAGUAAGCAACCGUUGCCGGCGACGAGGAGGAGGAGGAGGAGGAGGAGAAGCGACGAUGAGCUACCAAAAAGUGCCGCCGCCUCAGGACGGCUACCCUCCUCCAGGGUACUCGCAGCCGUACCCGCCGCCUCCGUCCGCCGGCGGGCCGUACCCUCCGCCGCAGUACUACCCGCCGCCGAGCCAGCCUCCUCCGGGGUACCAGGGCUACUUCAGCGAGGGGCGGCAGCCGCCGUACUACUACCCGCCGUCGCAUGAUCCCCACCACCAUGGCCACCACCACCACCACCACCAUGAGGACCAUCACCACCACGAGGACCAUCACCACCACCAUGGCCACCACGACGAUGGUGACUGCUGCCUUGGCUUCCUCAGAGGAUGGCUGGCCAUUCUUUGCUGCUGCUGCGUGCUGGAGGAGUGUUGCUGCUGCUGCUGCUGAUGGACUGAAUGCCUCGAAGCUCGUUGUUAUGGACUAUUCUUGAAUGGGAAACUUUAAAUUGUGCAUUUUACUUUCUGUGAUUGAUGGACAUAACGUAGUGCAUCUUGUUACUAUUUGUCAAUAAGUGGAUUUGUUAUCUGUAUAUGCCCCGCUCAAAUAUGAAAGAUGUUGACUUUAUUUCAGAGUCU